AUGUCGACGGUAACAAAUAAAGAUAUACCUAUCGCUCCACUGAAGGUCCAGGUCGUCGACCGUCUCGCAGAGAACAAUGGCAGCAUCAAACCUCCCACCACCCCUCAACCUCAAGAGUCCGAUGACGGGAUAACUCUAAUACAAUACUCCGACGAGCUUGAAGCCAUCGUUGGGCCGUCUCCAAAGCAAUCCCUCCUCCUCUCCACCGCCGGCAGCAGCAACAAUCCCUUCUUCCACGAAGCAUGCGUCUACAUCCCAACUCACGACGAGCUCUAUAUAACCUCCAACCUGCUCCAAUCCACCACCACGGCUACAUACCCCACAAUCCUAAUCUCACGCAUAAGACUCACACGCUCGUCAACAGGUAAUGGCAUCGCUGCGCUGGAGUGGGCGAAACUCCGUCCCCCACACGGGAUAGACAUGCCAAACGGGGGCGUUAACUAUAAAGAUGGGAUCUUAUUCUGUGCACAGGGCUCCCCAUCUGCCGGAACGGGGGGUCUAUACUACAUGCCUCGAAACGCGCCGCCGAAGCCAGUGGUGACGACGUUCUAUGGGCGGGAUUUUAACUCUGUAAACGAUGUAGUAGUUUCAAAGAGAGAUGGCAGCAUCUGGUUUACGGAUCCAUGUUAUGGAUAUGAGCAAGGGUUUCGGCGGAAUCCGGAGUUGCCAUGCCAGGCUUAUAGAUUCGAUGUGAAUACGGGGGAAGUGAGGUGUGUGGCGGAUGGAUUUCAGAUGUGCAAUGGGAUUGCAUUCGCACCGGGGGAGGAUGUGGUGUAUAUUACUGAUACGGGGGUUAUUAAAGGGGAUGGGGGGUUUGAUUUGCGCCGCCCCGCAACAAUCUACGCAUUCGACGUCGUCCGGCCCCAUCUUAGAUCGUCCAUCCAAGAUCCCCCAUCCACCUUGUCCUCCGCACAGCCCUACCUCACAAAAAAACGCGUUUUUGCCUUUGCCGUCCAGGGUGUCCCCGAUGGCAUAAAAUGUGACACCCGCGGCAACGUAUACGCAGGUUGUGGAGACGGCAUCGAAGUCUGGAAUUCGGAUGGGUGUUUACUCGGAAGAUUUGUCGUCCCUGGAGGUGGGGGAGUAGCAAACUUUUGUUUUGGCAAGGAAGGCGAGAUGUUUUUAUGUGCGGAGCAGAGGCUCUGGAGGGUUCAGCUGGCUAGAGAAACGAGAGGGGACUUGUUGGACGGUUGA